AUGACGGGAGCAGUAACGGAUGGGUACAAAUGGGUCACCGGUUCACCAGUUCGUCAUCUCUUUGUGAACGCGAUCGUCUGUACGCUUUCCUUCGCUGCCAGUUUGCCGGUCGCUCUGGCGCUGUUCCCACAGGAGAGCACUAUAUCCAUUGAAAGACUGGAGCCGGAAAUCCGAUCCAAAACCACUGCCACGGAAUUGUUUUACAACAAAGGAUUAUGA